AUGUCUGAUCAAGGGAACGAAGGUCCAUCAGGGCAGCGACUUGCUGAGCCACGCACAGCCAAGUCUCCUCAGGAUGGGAGUGUCAGGGUCAAAGGACCUGCCAAAGUUGACGACGAGAAGAAGCGGCAUCCGCGCUCUUCGCCUCCGGAUCCCUCUGCCAAUUGGUUGGCCUUCGUGGAGAAGGUUAAGAGGGAGUCCAGGGACAGGGGGGAGAUGAGUCAGGCCGAGGUGUUGAAUAAAAACACUGAGGGUAUUCGGGCUCUGGAAAACAGGUAUGAAGAGCUUCGUUCAGCCGUUGAGACUCUGGGAAAAAGGUAUGAAGAGCUUCACUCAGCCGUCGAGGCUCUUCAGAGUGCACGGGGAGGACGGUCCAACUGUGUAGACCAAGUCUGA